GUCACUCAUAGCGUGGCAGAGCCCCGCCCCCACGGCCGGGCCGGCCACGCCCCAACCGCUCUACCCGCGCCCACCUCGAUUGGCUGCGGGGCUCGCGACGCCGGAAGAAGCGACCGGCGCGGGGCGCCUUGGACUCAUUCCAGGGGUCGCUAGCCGUAAUUUUUUUUGAAGCUGUAAUGGAGAAUGAGCUGGCAAUGACUUUUUUCUUGUUGCUUUCCAUUGCAUUUUUCUGCGAGAGCCACAAUCAUGGAGUGGAGACAGCAACUGCUGAACAAGUUUUGGAAAAAAACAUUCUAGAAAGGACAGCUGGUAUCAACCCUGACCUGGCAGCACUUAUGCAGAGGCAUCACCUUCAGGAACUCUUUCACCGUUAUGGGGAGAACAACACUUUGACAAUUGAAGGGUUUAGAAAACUGCUGCAGAAUAUGGGCAUAGAUAAAAGGAAAAGAAUCAAAAUAGACCAUGAGCAUGAUCAUGAUCACCAUCAUCAUAAUCAUGUCACGCUAAGUAAAAGCUUUGACAGAACAGGUUGCCCAAGUCAUGAAUCUGAGGGUAUACACAAAGAUCUGAGGAGCAGUCAGGCCAAAGAAUUUCACAGAGUAGAAAAUGCUGAGCAACAACACAGUUUUACAAACAAUAAGAAUGUUGCUAAUGAAAUAACUACAACCAACAAUGCCACUACCACAGAUGGCAGUGCUGAGUUACAGAAUUUGGAAUCUGGAGAAGUGAAAUCUCUUCGUGUAAGUCUAACUAACCCCGAUGCCAUUAAUGUAACAGAAAGCAGCAAUGCAAGUUUGGUUGUUAGUGGAAGAGCAAAUGAAUCUUUUCCGCUGAAGGAACCCGAAAAAGGAAGUUAUUUGUAUUCUAAAUUUAAGAACAAAAGUACCCAAGAGUGCUUCAAUACAUCAGAACUGAUGCGGUCUCAUGGAAUAAGCACACAAGUAUUGUUGACUGCUACAGAAUUUAGCUAUCUCUGCCCAGCUAUUAUUAAUCAAAUUGAUGGCAAACAUUGCUUAGUCCAUGCAACUAAUGAAAAGGCUGAAACUCCUCCAAAAAGCUUUUCUUUGGAAAUAGCUUGGAUUGGUGGUUUGAUAUCGAUCUCUGUCAUCAGUUUCCUUUCGUUACUGGGUGUUAUACUGGUACCUCUGAUGAAUCGUGUAUUUUUCAAGUUUCUUCUAAGUUUUCUUGUGGCACUGGCUGUUGGGACUCUGAGUGGAGAUGCUUUCUUACACCUCCUUCCACACUCCCAUGGGAACCACCACCAUCACCAUGAGAAACCAUUACUUGAACAAAGUAAAGACUCCUUGUUCAAGCAUCUUGUUUUUCACAGUGCAGAAGAGAAUGUUUAUUUGGAUUCCACGUGGAAGGGCCUUACAGCCCUGGGAGGCCUUUAUUUCAUGUUUCUUGUUGAGCAUUUGAUCACUUUAAUUAAGCAGUUUAAAGACAAGAAGAAAAAGAAAAAAAAUGAAGAUGAUGCAGAAAGUAAGAAGUUUUCAACAAAUGAAGAAAAGUUAGAUGCAGAUGAUCGGCCUGAAGGUUACUUAGGGACAGAUUCGCAAGAUCCAUCCCACUUCAUUUCUCAGCAACCAGUAGUACAAGAGGAAGAAGAAGUCAUGAUAGCUCACUCCCAUCAAGAGGAAGCUGACAAUGAAUAUGUAUCCAGGGGUUGCAGAAACAAAUGUCAUUCUCAUUUACAUGACACUUUGGGACAGUCGGACCAUCUCAGUCAUCAUCAUCAUGACUACCAUCAUAUUCUCCAUCAUCAUCACCAUCAGAACCACCAUCCACAUAGCCACAGUCAGCGCUACUCACGAGAAGAGCUGAAGGAUGCUGGUAUAGCUACUCUAGCCUGGAUGGUGAUUAUGGGUGAUGGAUUACACAACUUUAGUGAUGGCCUAGCAAUUGGUGCUGCCUUUACAGAAGGUUUGUCUAGUGGCUUAAGUACUUCUGUGGCUGUGUUUUGCCAUGAAUUACCCCAUGAGUUAGGAGACUUUGCUGUACUUCUGAAAGCUGGCAUGACUGUCAGACAAGCUGUUCUUUAUAACGCUCUAUCAGCUAUGCUUGCAUACCUUGGAAUGGCAACUGGGAUUCUUAUCGGUCACUAUGCUGACAACGUUUCAAUGUGGAUAUUCGCACUUACUGCUGGUUUGUUCAUGUAUGUGGCUCUUGUUGAUAUGGUGCCUGAAAUGCUCCACAACGAUGCGAGUGAUCAUGGGUGCAGUCGCUGGGGAUAUUUCCUGUUACAGAAUGCUGGGAUCCUGUUAGGUUUUGGGAUUAUGCUGCUUAUCUCUGUGUUUGAACAUAAAAUUGUAUUCAGCAUAAAUCUAUAACUUUGAUUGCCUGUUAAAUUUGGUGCUGAUGUGUAAUAGGCAUCUUUUUAUAUUAAUUACUAUUAGCUACUGUAGCUGUAUAGUACAGCUGUAGUACUGUAGCUACUGUACUUGAAAGGUAGGCUUUUCAUAGACUAGGCAUUUUUCAUCUAUGUUUCCUUUUUCCAGAAGUAAAAUAAGUAUUAACUACUUACAUGUGAAACUUAAUUUAGUAAAUAGUACAAGGCAUAGAUAGCUAUACUUUGUGAAGCAUGGUGAAAGUGCCAAAUCUAGAAAGGAAUAUUUUUUUAGGUUUUUUUUACUUUUAAGUUAUUAAGCUUUUUUGUAAACUUGCAUGUAAUUUAUGUAAAAUUUUGCUGCUGUCUUUUUUUUUUUUUUUUUUUACUGAAAUGAUUUGCUGGUAUAAACAAGUAAAGCAGUUGUUGUGCUAUACAAUGCAAAAAGUUGUCUUCUUUACAAUAUAUAAUUUUUUUUUAAUCGAUGAGAAUUUUAAAAUGGAGAGAAUGAGUGUAAAAGGUGCAUUGUGAGGAUAGCUGAGAGAUUAAUUUGCUAGAUAGAACGUUAGUAUCUUAUCUAGUUCUAUGAUAUAGCCACAGAAAUCUAUAAUUGUUAUAUAUAUGAAACUGAAAAUGGUUUAGAGUUGAAGAAUGGCAGGGAACACAUUUUUGGAGGCUUGGGCAAAAUAAGCGGUUAUGCAUAUGGUUUAAUUUAAAAUAGUCUUAGUGUUGCAGGGUGUAACCUGGUUUAAGUUAAAAUUUUAAACUUGCCAUUAACAAAGGAACUCCAUAUAUUGGAGAGAGAGGUAGUUAGCUGUGUUAGUCUGAGGGUCUUGUUAUAUGCUAAUAGUGGGAAGCUCCUGGAGCUCAUAAUCCCUAGAAUGUCUGCAUAUUAACACUCUAGGGCAGGAUUAUUUCUGAUCCGUGCUACCCAGCUCACUUUACAAUAAGAUGCAGCUACACUAGGCUACAACUUGGUGUAAAGAGCCCACCUGCCCCACUUCCCUGCUGGCUUGGAUUAGGCCCCCUGCCCUCCCCAGCACCCCAGAUCCUCUCUCACUGCCCCCACUUACUUGUGGCUGCUUGUGCUGUCUGUCCUGGGGGAGGAGGCAGGGAAGAGUAAACCUGCCUGCUGUUGCUGCUGUCUGCAACAGGAGUAGCCCUGCAACAGGAGUAGCUGGACAGGCAGGUUAAUCAUUUCCUGCCUGCUUCUCUGGGACAGACAUUGCAGGUAGUCACAACUAAGUAAUGCCCCAAGGACGAGGAGGUGGCAGGGGGACACCCUGAGCUGUGGGGUGGGGAGAACAGGGGGAAGCCCUUGGGGAUCAGGGGGGAAGCCUGGAAUGGGAGUGGGGGAGAUUCUUACCUUUCAGU